ACUCGUUUUUUUGUAUAUUUGAAAAAAAACAUUUCUUUCUGUCGUCGUUCAUUCUUUAUUUCAUUUCAUCUCUUAUUGAAAAUCCAACACAGCCUCCAUCUCUGUCUCUGUAUCUCUCUCUCACUUUCCGUUCGACCUAAUUUUCGGAGCACGCCGGAUUCGUGACGGAUUUACCUUCUUCUUCGCCUGAUUGUUACGGUUUCUGGUCUGCUGGUCUGUGUGUUUCUGUAUUGACUUGCUAGAAUAUUUUAUUUUCUACAAGAAAUGGCAUCAAGAUCAUGUGCAAACUUUCUACACUUGGCAUCUGGUAACCUGUUGGAUAUUCCUCAAACUCCAAGGGCUCUUCCCCGGGUGAUGACUGUGCCUGGAAUUAUAUCUGACUUGGAUGAUAGUAAUGAUGGGGAUUCAGAUGUCGGUUCAUCUAUUGGCCGUGAGCGGAAAAUCAUUGUUGCCAAUAUGUUACCUCUACAUGCCCGAAAGGAUUCAGAAAGUGGCAAAUGGUGCUUCACUUUGGAUAAAGAUUCUCUCUUAUUGCAUCUAAAGGAUGGCUUUUCUUCUGAAACAGAGUUUAUUUACGUUGGGUCUCUCAAGGCUGAUGUAGAUACUAGCGAACAGGAGGAAGUUGCCCAGCAAUUGCUGGAGGAUUUCAAUUGUGUACCUACAUUUUUACCGCACGACUUGCAGAGGAAGUUCUACCUGGGGUUUUGUAAACAACAGUUAUGGCCUCUCUUUCACUACAUGCUCCCCGUGUGCCCUGACCAUGGUGAUCGCUUCGAUCGUUCUCUUUGGCAGGCUUAUGUUUCUGCGAACAAAAUUUUUUCUGACAAAGUCAUAGAAGUAAUUAACCCAGAGGAUGAUUGUGUCUGGGUUCAGGACUAUCACCUAAUGGUUCUUCCAACAUUUUUGAGAAAACGCUAUAAUCGUGUUAAGCUUGGAUUCUUCCUUCACAGUCCAUUUCCUUCAUCAGAAAUAUAUCGAACCCUACCAGUUAGAGAUGAGCUUUUGAGGGGACUGCUGAACUGCGAUCUUAUUGGCUUUCAAACCUUUGAUUAUGCACGACACUUUCUGUCUUGCUGCAGCAGGAUGCUUGGCCUGGACUAUGAAUCAAAGCGCGGUCACAUAGGACUUGAUUACUUUGGCCGCACAGUCUAUAUAAAAAUUCUACCUGUAGGCAUUCAUAUGGGCCGACUUGAAUCUGUACUGAAUCUUCCUUCUACAUCUGCAAAAGUGAAAGAGAUUAAAGAUCACUUCAAUGGGAAAAAGAUAAUUCUUGGUAUUGAUGACAUGGACAUAUUCAAAGGAAUCAGUCUGAAACUUAUGGCCAUGGAACAUCUUUUGCAGCAGCAUCCAAAAUUUCGGGGAAAGGUGGUACUUGUUCAAAUUGUUAAUCCUGCAAGGGGUUCAGGCAAAGAUGUCGAGGAAGCGAGGAAUGAAACUUAUUCAACUGCCAGAAGGAUUAACGAGGCUUACGGUACGCCGGACUAUGAGCCUGUGGUACUUAUUGAUCGUCCAGUUCCUCGUUACGAGAAGAGUGCAUAUUAUGCUGCAGCAGAAUGUUGCAUCGUGAAUGCUGUGAGGGAUGGAAUGAACUUGGUCCCUUACAAGUAUAUUGUUUGCAGGCAGGGAACUUUCCAAAUGGAUAAAGCUAUGGGUGUGAAAUCUGAUGCUCCUCGGACAAGCAUGCUUGUUGUCUCUGAAUUCAUUGGUUGCUCGCCCUCUUUAAGUGGAGCAAUUAGAGUAAAUCCUUGGGACAUUGAUGCUGUAGCUGAUGCAUUAAGUUCGGCUAUCACCAUGAAUGAUCCAGAGAAGCAAUUGCGGCAUGAGAAACACUAUCGAUAUGUUAGUACUCACGAUGUGGCUUAUUGGGCACGUAGCUUUAUGCAGGAUUUGGAGCGAGCCUGCCAAGAUCAUUAUAGUAAAAGGUGUUGGGGUAUCGGUUGGGGCCUGGCAUUCAGAGUUGUAUCGCUUUCUCCUAGUUUUCGGAGGCUGUCAGUUGACCAUAUUGUUUCAGCAUAUAAAAGGACCAAUAGAAGGGCCAUUUUUUUGGACUAUGAUGGAACUCUUGUUCCCCAAACUUCCAUUAUUAAAACCCCCAGUCCUGAGGUCAUCUCUGUUCUGAGAACUUUGAGUAGUGAUCCAAAUAACACUGUGUUUAUUGUCAGCGGAAGAGGGAGAAGUUCGUUGAGUGAAUGGCUUGACCCAUGCGAGGCACUAGGAAUAGCAGCUGAACAUGGUUACUUCAUUAGGUGGGAUAAAAACUCAGAAUGGGAGAUCACUUCUGUGGCAGCUGAUCUUGAUUGGAAAAAUAUUGUGGAGCCUGUGAUGAGAUUAUACACAGAAGCAACUGAUGGCUCCAAUAUAGAGGUUAAAGAGAGUGCUUUGGUAUGGCAUCAUCAAGAUGCUGACCCUGACUUUGGUUCCUGCCAAGCAAAGGAGUUGCUGGAUCAUCUUGAAAAUGUACUUGCAAAUGAACCAGCAGUUGUUAAAAGGGGUCAGCAUAUUGUUGAAGUUAAGCCGCAGGGUGUGAGCAAAGGACUUGUUGCCAAAAAAGUUCUUUUGAGAAAGGUUGAGAGUGGGAGACGGCCUGAUUUUGUGAUGUGCAUAGGAGAUGAUAGGUCUGAUGAAGACAUGUUUGAGAGCAUACUAAGUACAGUCUCAAGUCCAUCCCUCCCAGAAGCUCCAGAGAUCUUUGCCUGCACUGUUGGGCGAAAGCCAAGCAAAGCUAAGUAUUAUCUUGAUGAUACAGGUGAUGUUGUAAAAUUGCUUCAAGGCCUCGCAACUGCUUCAAAUCCAAAACCCAAGCAUCUUACACACAGUCAGGUUUCAUUCGAGAGUGCCAUUUAAGUUGGAUAUAAUGGCUGGCCCAGAUUAACCGAGUCUUGUGUUGCGUGGUUUUCCGUUGUGAACCGUAAAUAAGAUCAUAACUUGACUAAUGCAUAGCGGAACCAUGCUGGUUGAUUUCCGAUUCAUAUCCUGACACGAUUUCAAGUUUCCUUGAUUGGAAGCGAUUGUGGUGGAUAUUCUGGGAGUCCGGUGGACAUGGUGAUUCUCGUUCUUUGUACAUGGUUGGCAUUGAUAAAUUGUUGAUUUUACAUAUGAGGUGCGUCCCAAGUGAGCCCUGAAUUUGGAUGUUUGUAAUGUGGCCUUUUAUUCAGUGAUUAGGAGGCACCAUGAACUUGUAUAGGUACACACUUUUCUUCUCUUAAUACAUGGUCAGUUCUGACAUUUUGGAUACAUACUGAGGUCAGUGAAUGAAAUCCAACGGUACUUGAUUUGUGAUGGCUGAAA